GCCGAUAAGCUUUGCUGCUUUUCGGCCGCGACUUGCCAAUACUACCACCACCGUUAAUAUCGUUGAAAUAUCGAGCACCUCUACGACAAAAUGUUGGUUGAGGACCAGCGAUAUAUCCAUGAGGACCUCGAGCGCCUCGAGCAAGGCAUCGCUGAUCGUGUCAGUGAAGAGCCGAAGCAUAUUCGUGCCCGCCUAAAUCGCGAUCAUGAAGUCUCCCAGCUCCUGGACCAGAUCCAGAAGCAAUCGGCCGAAAUCCUCUCCAUCUACGAAGACGCGUCGGGAGUGCGAUCCAAGGAAAUCCUCCAGAUUGGCAGCGGCGACCCCUUCGAGGAAUUCUACCGCCAGGUGAACGAGGUCAAGGAACAUCAUUCACGAUACGCAAAUGAGCAGGCCGAAAACUCCGAGAUCCGGUACCGCCCUCGCAAGGCUGGCGAGGACCAGGUCCCGUACAUCGUUGAGAGCAUGUUCUCGGGCGAGGAGGCAUACGGCCGCUACUUCGAUCUGCACGCCUGCCACGAGUCGUAUCUCAAUCUACCCAAUGUUAAACGCCUCGCCUACCUGCAAUACCUGGAAGUCUUUGACAAUUUCGCCGCCGUGGCGGGCGGAUUGAAGCGAUCCGACAAGUUGACCGACCAGUACUUCAAGUACGUGGGCGAGUUGAUGGAAUAUCUCGAGUCAUUCAUGCGAAGAACACGACCAUUGGAGAAUAUCGAAAAGGUGUUUGCGAGCUGGGACAAGGAGUUUGAGGACUCUUGGCAGAAGGACGAGAUCCAGGGCUGGCAGCUGGAAACAGCUGCAAUCCCAAGUGGAACAAACAGAACAUUGAGCACGCCGGACGCAGUCUGGUGCGACGCAUGUGAGAAGGACUUCAAGAACGAAAACGUCUACAAGGGACAUCUUAACGGUCGCAAGCACGUCAAGGCUGCAGAGGAACUGAAGAAGAGGCGGGAAGCCUCCGCUGCGUCGGCGGACGGCACACCUGAAUCCUCUGCACACCGUCUCAAGGAGCGCGCCGUGGCAGAGAGGGAGUACAGAGUGAAGAGGCUCUCAGGAGCCAUGAGCACGGAGCGGGAUGACACGCGCGUGAACGUGGAGCGGAGACAAGGAAUGACGGAGCGGGAGCGGGCGCAGGAGCUGGACAAUAUCUUCAACGAAGUUGGCAUAGCUGAGGAGAAUGGCGAGGCCGAGGAGGAGGAAGAGGAGAACGGCGAGGAGAGGAUCUAUAACCCCCUCAAGCUUCCCCUCGCAUGGGAUGGCAAGCCGAUUCCGUUCUGGCUCUACCGAUUGCACGGCCUCGGCGUUGAGUUCCCCUGCGAGAUCUGCGGGAACUAUGUGUAUCGCGGCCGCCGGGCCUUUGACAAGCACUUCAACGAGAGCAGGCACAUAUACGGCCUCAAGUGCCUGGGAAUCUCGAACACGCACCUUUUCCGGGAUAUUACGGAUAUCGCGGAGGCGCUGAGGUUGUGGGAUAAAAUCCAGCGGGACCAGAAGAAGACCAAGGUGGAUGAUGGCAGUGUUGUACAGAUGGAGGAUGCCGAGGGGAAUGUCAUGCCGGAAAAGGUCUACUACGACUUGCAGAAGCAAGGACUGCUCUGAUCCCUCGGAGAGGGUUUGAGCGGAAUUGGGAGAGGGAAACCACAUCUGUACAUUAUCAUAGAGCCAUGACGGAAUGAGAAGUCCUCAUCUUGAAAUUACGGCUCACACUUCAUAUCCGGGCUCACUUACGGGGCAUUGGCACCAUGAUCGUUGGGCAGCCAACCCAGGGUGACUGUUCCAUGUGCAUACAAACAGAAUGAGUUCACCGACCUCGUCCGGUCAAGCAAUCAAUCAAUGCCAGGCAGGACGCCAUUGAACGCGACAAUAUGACUUGCAUCAGAGCGGGCGGCCCCUCCAGCCUGGGACAGACUGGGGACUCGAAAA